AUGCCUGAGUGUGGAGAUAGAAAUUGUACAAAUGACGAGGAAAUUAUUGGUGAUGAUUGCAUUCGUUGCGAUGGCUGUAAUUCAGUUUACCAUUAUAGCUGUGCUGGGGUCGCAAGAAAAACCCAACAACGAAAAACACAGGAGAAGAGGAAUGAAUGGCGCUGCCCUCAACGUUGUCGUGCUGCUAGGGAGGUAACUGGUGACAAUAGAGAUACUGAAAGUGUGGUAAGUGAUGAUCUAGACUUCGAUUUAGACUCAAUUACAAAAACAAUCUCUAAUCCAGAACUGAAACUGGUUUUCACGUGUCUUAUGAAGAAAAUUACAACUUUACACGAUUCCGUGAAAUUCAUGAGUAAUAGCUUCGACGAAGUUCUAUCACGUGUAAAAGGAAAUGAUAGUAAAAUAGCAUCUUUGGAAAAACGUUUAGUUAUAAAAGACAAGAAAAUCGAGGAUCUGGAAUACAAAUUGAACUCUAUUGAACAAUACGGUCGUAGAAAUAAUAUAGAAAUCUUUGGACUUGAAGAAAAUCAGGAUGAGAAUGUUUAUGAGCUAGUGACAAAAACUGUUGAAAAAAUUGUACCUGAGUUUGUGAUAGGAGAUAUUGAUAUUGCGCACCGUUUACCGACUAGAAAUAAGAAACAAAAUAAUUCUAUCAUUGUCGUUCUGAAAAGUAGGAAUUUGAAGGAAAAAAUUGUAAGUUCUGCUCGAAAGGGCCCUAAAAUUAAGCAAUCUCAGAUAAUUUCCUCCUGUUCUAAGAAUGAUCAAUUGGUGUUUGUAUCUGAAAAUCUUUCCGCCUAUUUCAAAAACCUAAAGUGGCUGACCAAGCAGCAAGCUGUUAAGAAUGGAUACAAAUAUGUAUGGUACAGAAUGGAAAGAUUCUAGUUCGUAAGAAUGAAAAGGAGCCUGUCAUUGAGAUAUUGAGGGAUAAUGACCUCACUAAAAUCGUUUGAAUUAUUUCAGAAGCAUUGUUCAGAUAUGCAUUUUCAUUUUUGAUUCGUGCCAAUGUUUGAUCAUGAAGGAGACGAAUCCGUUCAUGAUUUGUUUACUCAAAAUUUUGCAAAUGAAUUGAAUCCAGACUCAGAUUCAUUUGUUAAAGAGAGUAUUUUCCAUGAUGUUACUGAGCUCGAAUUGUUUGUACCUCUUUCUUCUUCUUUAGGGACCAAUAGACAUAAUAUGAAUGGUGUCAAAUCCAACUUCAAUUCACUUACUCUCAAUAUUAGAAAAAUCCAGUUGCACUUUGAUGAAUUCAUACUAGCUUAUGAUAAAUUUAUUCAAUCACUUGACUUGAUAUUUUUUACAGAAGUACAAACUAAAUCUUACCUGAUGGAUCAUUUCAAAAUUGAGGGUUUCAAUAAGCAUUUCUGGUUGCGAGAAAAUAGAGGUGGUGGUGGUGUUUGUAUGUUUCUAAGAAAUUGUUUUAUUUUUGAAAGGAUAGAUUAUAAUUUUGUUACUUUUGAAAAUGUUCAAGGAUUUAUACGUUCUAGUAUUAAUGCAAAUUUCAAAACUUAUUUCUUGGGUAUUUAUCGCCCUCCUAAUUUAUCUAAGUCUAAUUUUAUCAAAGAGCUCAAUGAAAAUAUUAAUAAAGUACCCAUUGAUUGUAAAUUCUUGUUGUCAGGUGAUAUCAACCUCAAUUUGAAUGAGGAUAGGUCUUCUAUUAUAAAAGAAUACUUAGAUACGCUCUAUUCCAUGGGAUUUGUUAGAGGUAUUUGGAGUAAUACAAGAGAGGUUUUCCUGCAGGGAGUACCAGUUAGAUCUUGUUUAGAUCAUUAUUUUGUUCGAUGGAUGAAGUAUGAUGAACCAAUCUAUACUGGUGUAGUAAAAAGUAGAAUAAGUGAUCAUUUUUCUGUUUUAUGUUCAUGUCCAAUAGAUCAAAAUCUUAGUGUGAAUUCAACUAUUGGGAGUGAUUAUAAAUAUAUUUACUUAAAAAAUAGAAUAAAUCGUUACCUCAGCGAUAUUGAUGUUAAUAGCAUUUUAAGUUUGAAUAGCUGUGAUGAGCUCUAUAAUGAGUUAUGCCGAGUCUAUGACUUGGGAUAUGAAAAAUCAAAAAUCAAAGUUAAAAACAAAUCUCAAGUUAAACUUAAAAAGAAUUGGAUGACUCUAGAGUUGCAUAGGAGAUUGAAAGAAAGGGAUAAUUUGUAUAGACACUCUGGUACACCAGAGGGCUUGGAAGCAUAUAAGAAAUAUC